CGGCCUCCGUUUUGCUUCUCGAGCAGCCGCACGAAUCUUCCGACCUUAUAACCUCCGUUCGUGCCUCCCCUCGAUCAGAACGUGAGCCGUGUCGCGACCGUGUAGCUACCGUGUCGCAUCGACGCCUGCCUGUCCUCAGUUGCGUUCAAUCUAUCUGGAGUGGGUUUAGAGUUGUGAUGUCACGUGCGGUAUCCAACAGUGUCUUCAUUUCGUGGAAAGUACACUCGUUAAUCGUUAUCUAUAAAGGCAACGCCUGACCGAGCCAAGCGUUUGGAAAUUUCCCUCGGUAUCGUCGUUUGGUCGAGAAAACAAAUAAUUUGCAAUCGAAAAUUUGUGAACGUUCGAUCGACAGUGGUUUUGGUCGUCGGACACGAUGGAAGACGACAAACGACCAGCGAGAAAGCUCUUAUUAUUAUUUUCCAAAAGGACUGUGCUAAAAUAUAAACUGCUGAUUCAGUGACAGGGUGAUUUUGUUGUAGUCUCGACGCAUGCCAGACUGCGUUAUCGUUGUGUUUUUUGUUUUCGUCUUUUGUUUCGAUCCUUUCUUGUCUCGGAUCGUUCGUAUCGAACAGGACUUUGUGUUAAACAGAUUGGAAACGGUGUUUCGUGGAAAAGGUGUUUAGUGACUAGGAAGUGCAUCGGGACACAGUAGUGCGAAUCAUCUGACGUAUCGUCUUGAGCGAGAGUUAUCUCUGCAUUGAUCGAUCCAGCAGCAUAUAGGUCGACCGUGCUAACACAGUUUUAGUCUGGCAAUCGAAACUGUGGAAAACAACUUUUUCGAAUGUUCAUUGGGUCACAAGCCACCGAAUUACGCCACGAAUAAUCGUUAGAUUUCGGUAUGGCUUUUUAACAAGACCGACGAGAGAGGACUUUUGAUGGUGUUGGAUCACGUUUGCGCCGAUAAUGCUUGCUUGAGAACUCUACUAGUACAGUGACGCUCUGUGCCAAAUAAAGGUGCCAAAGAGGCCCGUCGAAAGUACAAGUUAUCAUAGUAUUAUUACAAAACUAUUAUUCACGUUGUUAUUAUCGUUGUUUGUUAUUAUAUUGUUGUGUAUAAUUAUUGCAUACGUUUGUUUUGUACAUGUAAAUAUAUAUAUAUAUGUAUAUGAUCGCGUGAUUUUGUAUAUGAUUCGGUUCGAGGACCAUUCUAUUCGUACGGGAAGUCAUAUUUUUCGUGUACAAAUGAGGAACAAUUACCGCAAUAUGUUUUUCGCCGGCUACGGAUAUUCCAAUCAACAUCAAAACAACUCACCCUCGCCGACCAGAUCCAGCGUCUGGGGUAGCGUUUACAGUCCGUUUCGGAACACAAAUAUGCCACUGCAGGACAUUACGAUGAAUCAAACUAUGCCGUUAAUAAAUGGCACAAAUGCGAGAUCGCCUGGGAAGACGUCACCAACGGGAGUGAUUGGAAGCAGAGAUGGAGCAGGAAUUGGUAGGACGAUGAAAGAAUACGAAGAUCAAUUAGAAGCUCUGAAAAAGGAAAACUUCAACCUUAAAUUACGGAUUUAUUUUCUCGAGGAGCGGAUGGGAAUUACAUCAGCGGAUGAAAAUGCGAUAAAAAAGAAUAUCGAAUUAAAGGUUGAAAUCGAAUCAUUGAGGAAAGAGUUGGUGGAGAAGCAGGAACUUCUCAGCCAGGCGGCCAAGGCGUUCGAAUUGAUCGAAGAACAAAAAGAAGCUUCUUCGCGGAAUCAAGCUCAGUACCAGAAGUCGCUUGAAAAUGAACGAGAAAAGAUCAGAAGACUGGAGAAGGAAUUAGCGGAAUAUGAAGAAAAGAAAGCAGAUGCAUCUAUCUUCUAUAAGGAAGCUUUCGGCAUAACGCCAGAAAAGGCAUUGGAGAACGAGGAGAAAUUAUGUCAAAUGGAAGAACUCGUUGCAUCUCUAGAAGCCGAGGUGAAACAGGUGACGAACAGCUUGGACGAAGAACGCGUGUGGGCGCAAGAACUCGAGGGUGAACGGGAUGAGUUUAGAGAACGUUUAGAGGCUGAGACGCGAUUGAGAGAAAAUUUGGAUGCGGAGAGGUUGCAAGAUAUCGAGUCGCUGCGGGAGAAAAUAAAAGAACUGGAGGAACAGCAGCUAAAAAGGGACACUGUCGUUCAGCAGUGUAAAACCGAGCUACUCGAGAAAGAAAGAAUCAUUAAAGAAAAAAAUGCACAGCUGGAAGAGAGGUGUCGGGUAUACGAGGAGCUGAAUGCCGUUUCAGAAAAAAGGAAGAAGCAAGUCGAUCAAUUAAGGACGUCUAUAAAAGCCAGGGACGAGGCCCUCACAGAUCUCAAUAACAAACAUCGUGCCCUGCUCUCUCAGUUCGAGAACGGUUAUAUUAAAAGAUCACCCCCGAGCAGUCCGUCGGCUAUGAAUUCAGUCGAAGAUCCUUUGCAAGCAAGAAUGGGACAAAAGAUGACCUGUGUGCAAGGGACGACGAAGAGAGGAAACGCUAGUCUCGAUUGGGAACCGAAUCGAGAAAGGUCAACGAGAGUGAAGUCGCCAGUGCAAACUCUGAACGGAGAGGUCAGAGACAUUAGAGAUUUAAUCAAGGAGCUGGAAGAAAAAGAGAAGGAACUGAAAGCUCAAGAAGAAUCGAGAAAGCAGUUGGUACUGAAAUUAUGUAACACGCAGAAACACGCAGAAACAACGAGUUACAAACUGAAGAAAUUAGAAGGUGAACACGAGAAAGCGAUCAAGACGAUUCAAGGUUUCAUGGAGAGACAGCAACAAUUGGAAAACACGAAGCUGAGGAAAGAACAGAAGAUCAUGGAGUUAGAAAUAGAACUGAACAGGCUGCGGGAGUACGAGAAUGCGAAGGCUGCGAGGGAUGGACACGAUCGAUUCGUUCUGAGAGAUUUCAGCACCGACACGACGGACGAUCCAGAACGCGAUGCCAGCAAUCAGCAACGAUUCGACGAAAUGGAAGCCAAAAUAAACGACCUACGAGACCAAAUAGAGACCAUCAAGGCCGAAAAGAGUCGUUUGGAGAAGCAGAUUCAAGUUGAAUCAGAGGAAUUGAAAGGGCGACUUCAGGAUAGGGAACGGAAGAUAGAAGUUCUGGAGAUCGAGAAGCAGACGAUAAAGGAAGAGCUGCAGAACAAGAUGGAUGAACUCGACAAACUGAAGAAAAUGAUAAAAAACGAUAUGGAGGAUUCGAGCAAACGGGAGGACCUUAUUCACGAUCUGCAAGUUCGCGAUGCAGAGAUCGUGGAGAAGAAUCAUAAGAUCGAGCAGUUGUCGAAGGAGCUGCAAGUGAAGACACAGAACCUACAGAAGCUGGUGAACACGGAGCUGUGGAGCAAGAACAAGGAGAUCGCCAAGCUCCACAACCAUAUGACCGCCACUCACUGUCUCGAAAGGAGCCGAAACAAGUUAGACAUGACGCAAGAAAGCGCUAGCACGCAGCUAUCGACUCUGAUCAAAGAGCUAAACGACAUUGGUAUCAAGGUAACGUUUACCAAUGAGGUGAUCCAACUGAACUACGUCGACGGGAACGAGACCAUAGACGUAAAAACUAUGACAGACUAUGUACAGAAGCUGGUAGCACAGAAAAAUGAGUUGGAGAAGGAAGUCGAUUACCUAAAGUGGUUGAAGCUAGUUUCGAAACCGGACAUCGCCACGGAGAUCGAUGGAUACGGUGAUAAUCAAACGGAGAGAGCCAAGAAAUAUUGCGAACUCAUGCGUACACACUUGAAAGACUUGGUAAAGUUCAUGAAGGAAAUGUUGAAAAACGCUAAUUACGCGGAUACCAUCGGUAACGACCAUAAGAAGACCGUAUUCGACGUUUUCAUGAACUCGAAGAUACUGUCCGACGAUUUCGUCAAUGCGCUCGAGGGAAUGUCAACGAAUGAUUUAGCCGUUAACACCGAUGAAGUUAAUGUAAAAUCGCUGGACAAUUCGGUGAAGAAAAGUCGAUCUGACAAUUUACUCGGCGCUACGAAGAAUCAAGCGUCCACGCAGUCGGAUUCCGAGGCGUUUUCCGAACCCGAUAGGACCGUUUCUAUGGCUAGAAUCGGAUUACAAGAGACGCAACAGAAGUCUUUGAAUCGGUCCAGAUUUUCCAAGUAUACCAAAACGUUCACCGAUUCCGAAGACUCGUUGGAAUAUGUGCCUUAUUAUAAGUCGUAUCAGAAUGACUUGAACGAUUCCGAAGCUAAUUAUCAGAUACAAGAGCUUAAAGAAACGAACGCUUUGCUGUACACGGAGCUCAGUGCUCUUAGGAACGAGUUCACUGCCAAAAUUUCUUUCGAUUGUAUAUUCGACGAAAAAAUAUCACCAUUGAUAAUCAAAUUGGAAAAGUCGCAAAAGUACUGCGAGAAACUGCAGUCAGCUUUGGACAGAAGAGUACACGAAGUCCACACACUGAGGAAAGAAAGCAAACAAAAUUGUGCACGUAGAGCGCAAUUGGAAAAGAAGCUGGCUGACCUGGAGGGCAUGGCAACGGAAAUGAAUAAACAAAAGGCUGAACUAAUACAUUACAAAGACAACGCUGAAAGAAAAGCUGCUGAAAUGCUAAUAUCGCUCAACAGGGAAAAUGACACAUUGAGGACACGAAUCAAAAAAUUGGAAGAUGAACACGAAUCUGCAAAGACGAACAUAUCAACGUUGACGAAAGAACUGGACCAUUUGACUCUUUCGCAUAGUCAGAUUCUCGUGGAGAAUACAAAGCUAACGAACGAUAAGUUACGUUUAGAGCAAGAAGUGAGGAAAACGGAGAACAGAUGCGACAUGACUGUUCGUACCAUGCAUGAUAAAUUUAACAAAGAAAUAUCAGAUCUGAAUCAAAUCAACGAAUCUCAAAGGGCAAGAUUACAAGAAUUGGAAGUGACUAAUAAAGAGUUGCGAAGACACGUAGCAGUUUGUGAAGCGAGCGAUUCAGCGCCAAGUUCUAGUGGCGUUUCUUCGAUACCUACGGAGACUAUGCUGAAACAAACUUGCGAAGAUAUCAUGCAAGAAUAUCAAGCAUAUAACAAUUCGCAGUACUGGCUACCUAUAAGCUACUCAGCGCUUGGUGGGCGCAGUAAAACAAGCUGUUCACCGGACCUAGGAAUCGAAAGUGAUGCGGCUGUUACAACUAUGAGGCCAUUACAAGAUACUUUAAAGAUCACCGAAUCCAUGACUAACCUAUUGAGCGAUGAAGAUAAUAACAAUGGUAAUAGGCCAGUUCGAGAAGUCGAUAGCGAAAGCCCUUUACCGAUAGAAGGCCUCGAUGAAGUAGAAGCUUUGAAACAAGAAAAUGAAACGCUGAAAAGAAGAUUAAUGAAAACAAGAAGGGCAUUGGAAGAUACUUUUCAACAUCUUUCGGCGUCGAAUAAAAACAAGAAAAACGUCGAGAAAGCGAUAACGAAACAAUUACAAAUUACCAAGAGCAUAUUGAAGAAAACAAGGACGUACGAAGAACCGCUGGACAAUUGAAACGAUCAAAGAAACAACAGAAAAAUAUCAUUCGUUCGCCAGAAAAUAGAAAAGCAAAUGAAAAGUCGCCGUUCGUUGUGGGUUUUUAAAGAACUGAAAUUAUCCUCGACUUUUUUAAUCGCGUUUUUACUAUAUUUCUGUAUUUCAUACGUUUUUCGAUUCGUAUAAAAAUUUCCAACAAUCGUCAACGUACGAAUUGUAUUUGUACAAAUGAAGAAAAGACGACGGCGACGGUUAUUGUAUUUUGUAAGAAAAAGUAUUUUCGUAUAUUCGUGAAACAUUGAACGAAA